GCCGCAACUCUUUUUGCAUUUCAUUCUAGGGCUCUUCUUCUUUCUUUCAGAUUCACGUCCCUUUUCACUAUCCGAAUUCAAGAUCUGCUGCAAAGAUGUUCUCCGCUCAGAACAAGAUCAAGAAGGACAAGAAUGCUGCUCCAACAGAAUGUGACGAGCAAGUUGCUCAGGCUCUGUUUGAUUUGGAGAACACUAACCAGGAGUUGAAAAGCGAGCUGAAAGAUCUUUACAUCAACCAAGCUGUUAACAUGGACAUCUCUGGAAACCGCAAGGCUGUUGUGAUUUACGUCCCAUUCAGAUUGAGGAAAGCUUUCCGAAAGAUUCAUCCUCGUCUCGUUAGAGAGCUUGAGAAGAAGUUCAGUGGAAAGGAUGUUAUCUUUGUUGCCACAAGAAGGAUCAUGCGUCCUCCCAAGAAGGGUGCUGCUGUUCAGAGGCCACGUAACAGGACUCUUACCUCUGUUCAUGAAGCUAUGCUGGAGGAUGUUGCUUACCCUGCGGAGAUUGUUGGAAAACGUACUCGUUACCGUCUUGAUGGCUCCAAGGUCAUGAAGGUCUACUUGGAUACCAAGGAAAGGAACAACACAGAGUACAAGCUCGAGACUAUGGUUGGUGUGUACCGUAAACUUACUGGCAAGGAUGUCACUUUUGAGUACCCGGUCGAAGCUUGAAAGGAUAAUAUGCUGAAAGAAUCGUCAGAUUACAGAAAGGAGUUUUGGAUUCUGUUUUGUGGUAUUUAGGAUGAAGGAAACUUUUCUUUUGAUUCAGUUCCUUGUUCAUGACAAUCUUCAUAUUCUAUUUACAAAGACUAGUGUCUGUGCUUUUCCAUUUUGAAACCUUUCUUUAAAAUUUCAUUUUCAUGAUUAAUUUCCUUCAACCAUACAUUGAAUUGUAACUGAUUUUUGAUAAAAACAUAGACGUUUUAC